UGCAGAGUGAAGUGACCCAAACUGCAGAACUGUCACGAAGCCAUGGACGCGCCAUCCCUUCGCCGAGCGCAGACGGCAGCUGGAAGCAGCGCACAAGCAGCGCUACCUGCGCUGAUGCGAAGCUGGUCUGCCCCACGCAGGCGACAUGAACUUGGACCGACGCUUUGUCUGGAAGUGCCCUGGAAAUCAAGACCAAGGUCACUGCCUUGCCCACAUGCACUAGAAGGCUUUGUGGAGGUGGUGGCCUUGGACGGACGAAGGUCGCAGGAAGAGGUCAUGCGUGCACAGUUCUUGUGCCACAGGAGCAAGUUCGCCUCACAGCUGGUAGGGUUCUCUCGAAGCCCACCGGGAUGCCAAGAGAGCACUGUGUUCUUCUACACCAAGCCAGAUCAUCUCCUCUUGGAGAAGUUGGGACUCCUGUCCCACCUGCAGCGGCUGGCGGUGGCUCAUGGCGCUGCCACAGCGCUUUGGACGCUACACUCCUUGGGCGCCUCCUUUGGGCGCCUGGAGGUAGAGUCUUUGGGCCUUCGGGCAGGGCGACUACAGCUCGUGGGCGUGGGGCUCCUGCAGUGCCAGGAGAAGGUCUCCAAAGAUCUUGAAGAUCUUGCCUCCUUGCUGCUUUGCAUGCUGGGCUUCCCCAUGCGAGAGGACCAGAGUGGUUCAAUGGCCAGCGGCGAGCUUUGGAAGAGGCUCCUGAUGGCUUCUAAGAAGGGAGACAUCACAGAGCGAGACCAGGCAUUGCAGCAGAGGGACAAUGAUUGGCCAGAGAAUGAGGCAAAGCUCCUUGGAAACCUGGCCCUCCGACUCCUGCAAGUGGCUCAAGAGGCUGAUGUGGAAAGAGUGGCUGAGAAUGCCUUGCAAAACGUGGUGACCGACUUAGCCACGCUCCUGCGAUCUCACCACCCACCUGAAGGCCUCGAUUCGCGCCGCUUCUCACCGAACACACGAGCACCUCGUGGCCAUGGCUGGAAGGUGCUGCGGCACGUGCUUCGAGCCUGCUGGGCGUUCCAACAAGGUCUGGAGGCCUUCUGUUGUGUGUGCUUGGAGGUGGCGCCCAAAUCCUUGGGGCUGCUUUGCCCUCAGCUGCACGGGCGCUACCAGCUGCUUUGCGGUGAUUGCCUGGAACCCUACGUUUGUAGCCUCAUCGGCACCGCCGAGCUGCGCCGCCACGAAGGCGGGGUGGUGUGCCCAGCAUGUGCCUGCAACUGCGAAGAACCGACGAUCUUCUCGCGACAGCAGGUGCAGGCACGCCUCGCGGGGGCGGCGCUGCGGCGCUUCGUCGAAGCCACCGAGGAGGUCGAGGUCGCCCCGGAGGACCCGGAGGAGGAUGAGGAAUGGUCGGUCUUGGUGGAGGAUCUGAAUACCAGGUCGGUACGGCUGGCCACGCAUUCUCGCGUUUCCGAGGAUGACGAGCCCAAAGUGUUGCGCCGCACCAAGGAUGUGCUUCCAUUUACCUGGCUCCUCUGCGAGGGUGACAGCACCUACAUUCAAUAUGAACCCGACAGGAUGAAGUUGCGCCAGCACAUGUCUCCACGGCUCUUCCACUUGCAGGUGGCGGAAUGCCUGACGAUGCAUUGCCCAAGGUGUCAUUGCCCAUUGGACCCGGAUCCUGACGGAUGCGUAGCUAUGACUUGCUUGGCCUGCAAUGAAGGCUUUUGCUGGGUUUGCUUCACGGCGUGUGGCGAUGAUGCGCAUGAGCAUGCCAUGGAUGCGCAUGGAAGCUAUUUUCCCGGGCAGGACUUCGUUCAGGCCUGGCACCGAAAGCUGCGCUGGCAACGAGUGCAGCAGAUCCUUCAGCAGCUCCGCGAGGACUCACAAGACGAAAGCCUCAAAGGAUGUCAAGCCCUCCUGGCUGAUGUGGAUCUCUGGCGCUUUCCGCGCGAGGCGCCGGAGGUGCCGGAGGCCGUGCCGGGGGACGUGGAGGAGCACGCAGGCCCCUGGGGUCCUGUGGGCCUUCAUCUGGCCGCACGCCUGGGGCGUCUCGACGCCGUGGGAGAGGCUCUUCAGCGGGAGGAUGUGAACCUGCAGGACAACCGUGGAAUGACACCGCUUUGCUAUGCCUGUCAUGAAGGGCGCAUGGAGGAGAGCCUGGCCGCACACGAGCCUGAUGUCGGUGUCUCACUUUGCAUGCUGAAAACCAUCACAGAUCACAGAACAGAUUGAACAACUCGAAAGGAUCGUUGCAAACUGCACAUGUUCAAAGCAUGGAUCAAGACACGCCAUGUGCCUGUCUUGCAGUGAACAUUUCUCCGUGUUUCCGUCGCAACACUUCCUAGGAUCAUAAUGGAACAUUAUGGAACGGCUUCCUGUUUGACAGUCGCGACAUGCCAACCAAACCAAAUCAAAAGGAGUCCAUUCACUCUACUUCAACUUCCGACUCCGCACAGUUUUUCAAUGUUCAACCCCUCUACACCUUGCCUCAUGACACCGUCAGCCGUCGC